AUGGGGAAGCUGAUCUCCAAAGGCCGGCACAAAAGAGAUGCUCGAGUUGUCAUGCUGGGGCUUGACUUCGCUGGCAAAUCCACCCUUCUGUACAAACUGAAGAGCGGCCGGGCUGUGGAGACCUGCCCAACAGUGGGCUUCAACGUGGAAUCUCUGCAAACACCCUGCCGCAUAUCCUUCACCCUCUGGGACGUCGGCGGACAAGGCAGCCUGCGGGCAAGCUGGCCUCACUACCUGGAGGACACCAACACCCUCAUCUUCGUGCUCGACAGCGCAGACGUGGCCCGGCUGCCUGAAGCAGCAGCGGCACUGGAGGAAGCGCUGAGCCACCCCAGCAUGGCCGGCAUCCCCGUCACCGGACAGGGCCUGCAGGAAGCCCUGGCUGCCCUGGGAGAGCUACUGCGGGGUCUGGAGCAUGGCUUCCCGUCCCAAGAGCAGCCCCUCGCAGGGCCAGUGGGGAGGAGGCAAGCCCCUGGGCAAACCUGA